UUGUAGUCCCUGUCAAAGCGUUGGACUCUGAAACUGGAAGAGAAAGCGACGAAACAUUUACGAAAACACGAAAUGAACUAGUAAAAACGUUUGACCCUCUUUUAGUUCAAUUAUCCAGCCUUUCAAAAGGCGAAAUGAUAUAGUUUUAGUUCCAUUUCUAGAAAAGGAAAAGUAGAAGUAGCCGGUUUGGCGUUAAAAAGAUAGAUUUCGAUCUCCGUUCAUGGUCGUUGUCAAGUUGGUGAGAAAUCAUCGCUCGCUAAACCAAAAAGAACUACGAAAUGGAUCCUAACAGAAACGUCUAGUUAUAGGCGGGAAUAUAUUAAAGAAGUGAUGACUGACCUGUCUAUGAGUUCAGAAUGCCGUACGGGUUUUCACCGCGAGUAUUAAAUACCAGACAAAGGUAGGACAAGAAACUCGCAAAUUAGUAUGCACGUGAUACGGUGCGAAUUUACUCGGAAUCCAGGCUGAACACAGCGAAUUACAUUGAAAUCAAGCCUGUUUAGAUAUAUAGGAAGACGAAGGAUGGAUGAGAAGAUAGAAGUGAAAUAUGUACAUCUGCUUCCGCUUUUGAUAACUCUGUUGGUGGGCUGUUGCUUGGUCGCUAUGGCAAUGCUGUCAAUGCUUUGUUGGAGACGAUUUAGGAACCUUUCCUUACGUGAGCAAUUCCUUGACUACCAAGAAGUGUCCACCGGAAGUGACGUCAAGGAGGAGAACAAUGUGAUAACUCAAGAAAAGUUACCCAUAGAAAACGGUCAUCACGAUGAAGAUAAACCAGUACCAGUCCUACGUCAAGUCCAAAGAGGACCACUUAAACAUUAUGCUAAACAAACUGCACCCCCCUGGACGCCUAAACCUGAGUUGAAUGUAGUGUCAGUCCAGCCRCUGGACAACGACAAAGAGGAGGGGGAUGACCCACUAUCAAGCUCGUCUGACGAGGAAGAAGAGGCUGACUCUCCACUCGAAAUGGCAGCUCCAUAUGACUUGAGGAAUGCAGUACCCGUGGAAGAAUUCAAGGCACCUUGUGAAGCUGACUUUCUGGGACGAAUUUAUUUUUCCCUGCAGUAUGACCCACUUCGAGCCGUACUGGUCGUACGAAUCUUAAAGGGCGAAGAACUUCCACCRUACAUGGGUCAAGCACCAGACGUGUUUAUGGAGGCAAAACUUUCACCGACCAUGAAAAACGGACAACUCAAGACAGAGAUCCACGAGCGAACAUCACAUCCAACGUUUAAUGAGAUUUUUGACUUUGGACUGUCGUACGAAGAAAUACGACGCCAAACAUUGCAUUUCACUGUAUGUUAUAUGGAUAGCAAGAUGUGGACAAGUCACRUGAUCUUGGAUAUGGUCAAAUUUUAUUUUCAUUGAUGUAUAUGCCGCUCACCAGAAGGCUCACAAUUGUCAUAUUCAAAGCACGAGAUCUCAAGUGUUGUACGGAUGGUUUUCCAGCUGUUUAUGUUGAAGUAGUCAUGAUAAAUACCCUGAAAAGAAUACGAAAGAGAAAAGCAACAACGGUUAAAACAGGAUCAUUAUCACCCGUUUACAACGAAGCAAUGGCUUUUGAUGUUGCGAACAUGAGCUUAGAUGACAUUAAACUACAAAUAUUUGUAAAACARAAGAUCGAUGGUGCACCGCACAAACUGAUGGGAAGAACGGCACUGGGUUCUARUGUUGAUGGAUAUUUAAAUGAACAYUGGCAGGAAGCAAUGGCGGCCAAGAAACCCAUUGCUAAGUGGCAUAGUUUAAGUAAAUCUCUCAUUUCGCCUUCUAAGCAGCGGAAAUCYAAAGUACCUUAUGCGUCGUGCACCAGGACUGUUGAAAGAUUUCUUGCAACAUCUUCAUCAGAAAAUGAAGGGUGAAGAUGUCGACAGCUUUCAGUGGCUUUGACGGGAAAGUUUGUCGUGGUGGCAAUAUAGUAGCAAUAWCGUAUAGGGGGAUUUCAGUAGGUUGGUUUUCGUGUUGUACGAUGAGCAGAGCAAGUUCGCUUUUCGACUGUACAAUAAUGUGAUGACUCGUGAAAUUAAUACGUCAUCCAAGUGGGAAAUUCGCCAUUUCUCAACUAUUUGUGGCCGGCGAAUGCUCAGCCAUUUUUGCARUUCCUGCCCCAUUUCAUGAAUAACAAUCUUGUCAUGAAACUGACAAUAAACUUAUUGGAUGCUUUUGAGCUUGAGAAUAUCASUAAAAACGGUACACAAUUAAUUCCUCAACACGAAAUCCUCUUUUUCUCAUCAUCAAGACAAUUUUGGGGCAAUAUAUGGGAUUGCAUUUGACUUUUUCACUAAAUAAUGAAGAGAAACCGCGAAAAUGUAAGAACUGUUCCAAGUGUUCCAGGUCAAUCGCAGGGAAUUUAUUCUCAAAAGCUUAAUUUAUUUUUCUAUGCUAGCAUGCUCUUAUAUUUUAGAUAGAGGCGACGAUGGGUUAAUUUAUUGGAUUUUUCGAUCUAAAGUAUUUUUUAAUGCAAUAACUAUUGUUGGCAGUUUCUCUUGAUAUUUGCAUCGUUUUCGUGGGUUGGGCCUCGUAUCGCUUCCUCUCAUUUCACAAAUGAAGAGAAUUACGUAGCGAAGCUGUGAUAACAUUUCAUAUCUGAAGAUCCACAAUCUUUUUCAAAACUUGAGUUUUAAUUUUGUAUGCCGCUAUAUAAUUUCARAAAUGGUUGACCGCAGAUAGAACUGGCGAUUGUUGAACGAUUAUUGCACGAGCGAAGGACCUAUACGUAGUGUAAACCCGUAAUGGUUAUUUGAAAUUAUACGUCCUUGAUAUUAAACAAGAACAAUCACUUAUAGGAUUUACUUUCGGUGGUGACAUCGUUCAACGAAUGCCAAUCGCCGCUUUGAUUUUUUAAGGUCUGUUUCAGUAAAAUGUACUAUUUAUUUCUGUCAUACAAUUAUCUAUGAAAUACCUAUAUUUCUUCAUUUCAUAAAGUUGAUACUUUAACUAGUGAAAAUAACACAUUCGAGCAAGAAAAAAGGUAUAUUUUAGACAUAAUUUGCUUUCAUAUUUAAUUAUAUGAAAGCCAGAAUAUUACAUGGUCGCUUGGAGAUACGAAUUUCCGCGCGCGUAAUAAUAUGUAAUAAUAUCCUCUAUGCGCAACCAUCGGAAAUUAUUCUGGUGUCACAUAUGAGUAGCAAAAUGCAGGAAACAUAAAUAGACUCGGCAGAUGUCGACCAAAGAAGAACUCAGAUGAAAACUUUAUGUACAGAUUCRCAAGAAUCACUAGACUGAACAAUAUAAUAAUUGAUAUUUCUAUAAUCUUCGGGCUGAAAGACAAGUUGUCAGGUGAUGAAUAAGAUAAUAAACGUUCAGUAUGGGUUGAA